AUGCUUUGCCGAAGGAGCAUGGUUGUUUUUCGCGAAGGAGUCAGCACCAUCUGCAAGAGAUUUAAUCACAAGAUUGGAAUUGUUGGAGCACCUUUAUCAAAAGGGCAGAAAAAGGAAGGUGUGAGAAAAGGACCAGAUGCAAUAAGAAAUGCCAAGCUACUGGAAAAGCUUCAAGUUGGAGGUCUCAAUGUAGAAGAUUACAGCAACUUGAAAUUUGUGGAGGUGCUUGGGGAUGAGCCAUUUAAAUCUGCCAGGUGGCCACGGACUGUGGGGGCGGCAAAUCAGAAGUUAUCUCAAGCUGUAGCCAGAGUGAAAAGAGAUGACAGGCUCUGUGUUACUCUCGGGGGAGAUCACAGUCUGGCAAUUGGCUCGAUUUCUGGACAUGCAAUGUUCCAUUCAGACUUAUGUGUGGUGUGGGUAGAUGCCCAUGCUGACAUUAACACUCCUGACACGAGUACUACUGGCAACAUGCAUGGACAACCCCUCUCCUUCCUCAUCAAUGAACUCAGGGAUAAGGUUGAAAAUGUCCCAGGUUUCUCUUGGUUGGCUCCAUGCUUAUCUGCCAAAGAUAUUGUUUAUAUUGGUCUAAGAGAUGUGGAUCCCGAGGAGAAGAAAAUUAUUAAAAAAUUGGGAAUUAAAUUCUUCUCAAUGACAGAGGUGAAACAGUUGGGAAUACAGAAAGUCAUGGAGAUGACCAGUGAUUAUUUGUUUUCAAGAAUCCAGAAACCAAUCCAUCUUAGUUUUGAUAUUGACGCAUUUGAUCCCUCUCUGGCACCUGCUACAGGGACCCCUGUAGAGGGAGGACUCACCUAUGAAGAAGGAAUCUGCAUAGCAUGUGAGAUACAUAAAACAGGCCUCCUUUCAGCAAUGGAUAUAGUGGAGCUUAAUCCGGAAUUAGGAAAGACAGAGGAGGAAGUUACAUUAACAGUAAAUACUGGUCUAGCUGUUAUUAAGACAUCCCUUGGAAUAAAUAACAAGGAAUGAAUCAACUGGUGCAAACAUCAUGCACAAUAUCUAACAAAGUAGCUUGAAGCCCUGAUCUUUCAUCACAUCAUAACCACACAUUAAUGAAUCAGGUUUAUC